AUGUCUUCUGAUUCCGAGAAACCAGCUAAGUCAAUCUUCACCAAGAAGCCUAUCCAAAUCGAAGUUGGCAGAGACAAUAAGAUUUACUACGUGCAUCAUGGAGCCCUUGAGGCGUGUCCUUCAUUUGACAUCGAAUUCGAGUAUAUGCUUGACUGGAGUGCUUUUGACGAACAAACCGUCGAAUGCGUCUUGAGCUUCCUUUACACGGGAGAUUACCCAGUAAAUCUUCCAAGUCCCGAAUCCACCAAAGGCAAGAAAAAGACGACUGAGGAUGCAGAAGAAGAGCUGGUGGAAGAGCCGGAGGAUGAAGACACAGCAGAGGUGGAAGAGGAGCCAGAGGAAGCGGUAGAAGUGGAAGAAGAAGAAGAGGACCCAGAAGAGGAACCGCAGUCGCCAGCAAGUGAGCCAGCAUCCCCAGAUAUAGAAACCACAUAUGAGCGACGGUGCCAAUCCGAGCCAACAUCAGCACCAUCUAUCUCUGGUUCUCAGUCGGAAUCGGGAGACGAUUUGAUCGCUAGACCCCUGACACCUCUUCGAGAUUGUCCAGGCGUAAGGCUCCCGGACGAGUUCACGCCACCCAACAGACAAGACGAGCCACAAGAAGCCGACGUCGCAGAAAUCUACCUCCAUGCCAAAGUCUACUCUUUUGCCUGUCAUUAUGAUUUCAUAAAGCUGAAAGAGUUCACACUAAAUCGCCUCGCUCAAAUUCUCGAUCGCUUACAGCGAACACAGCUGGAUCUAUUCCCAUACCUGGCUGAUGCGAUUCGACUGAUCUAUACCACGACCGAGGAAGGUGAUUCGGCAAGAUAUUUGCUUGCGCAGUUCGUUGCAUUGAAGUAUACCACUCUGCUAGGCGAGGCGAUGAACAAACUUGUUGCAGAGGGAGGCGACUUUAUGGUUGAUGUUUCUGGCAAGCUUGCACGAAAGAUUAGCUCGAUGGCAUUGGAAGAAAAGGUUGAGGAACUGACUACAAAGAAUUCCGAGUUAGAGAUAGAGGCUGCUGCCGAUCGAAACGUUUUGAAGAGCUUGAAGGAGGAGGUUGAGGGUUGGGAGAGUUGGAAUCGGCAGCUGGCUUAUGCACAGCGGAGGAAGCAAGGGGAGAAAUAUCCGAUCUUUACCUACGAGAUCUGA